ACAAGAAGAAGAAAGAAGAAUUUGAGCUCUCAGUCGAUUUUCAUCAGGAGAGAGUUGAAGAAAGAGGUGAUGAAGACAAAACUGAUGGAGAGAGACAGUUUACAGGAGCUGGAAAAGGUUUCCUGUCAAUCUUCAGUGUGUGUGACUGAUGGGACCUCCACAGAAUGUCAGGAUUCAGUGUGGAGCGGCAGAGAUCAGUCCACACCACAGCGGCUGCUGGACAAACUCUCUGAACAGAGAUCCAGAGACACACAGGACUCACAGCUCACUUUACUCUGUUCUACUGAUGCUCAGGAGAGUGUGUGUGACAGUAAUCAGGGUGAUCAAACCUCCACAGAGUCUCUGACUUCUGUCUGUAACGCUGGAGAACAGCAGAUGCUGCAAACACCAGUGAAGAUUGAAGUGAAACAGGAGGAGAUAAAAGAAGAAAUCACAGCAGAGGAACAACAGAGAGAUGAUGAUAAUGAACAGGUGAAGAUGUGUUCGGUGAAGCUGCUGGACUGCAGGAACCUGAUGAAGAUGAGAAGAGAAACCACAACAGAGGAACAACAGAGAGAUGAUGAUGAUGAUGAUGAACAGGUGAAGAUGUGUUUGGUGAAGCUGCUGGACUGCAGGAACCUGAUGAAGAUGAGAAGAGAAACCACAACAGAGGAACAACAGAGAGAUGAAGAUAAUGAUGAUGUCAUUCCUUCAGAGCCACCGUCAGCUCAGAGUCAGCUCUGUAAACAGUGGAGUCGGAGCGUGCUCUGCUGGACAAACUACGAGUCUCUGACUUCUGUCUGUAACGCUGGAGAACAGCAGAUGCUGCAGACACCAGUGAAGAUUGAAGUGAAGCAGGAGGAGAUAAAAGAAGAAAUUACAGCAGAGGAACAACAGAGUGAUGAUGAUGAUGAUGAUGAUGAACAGGUGAAGAUGUGUUCGGUGAAGCUGCUGGACUGCAGGAACCUGAUAAAGAUGAGAAGAGAAACCACAACAGAGGAACAACAGAGAGAUGAAGAUAAUGAUGAUGUCAUUCCUUCAGAAAUUUCUCAGCUGAAGAAAGAGGUGACAUCACUGAAGGCAAAACUGAUGGAGAGAGACGACAGUUUGCAGGAGCUGGAAAAGGUUUCCUGUCAAUCUUCAGUGUGUGUGACUGAUGGGACCUCCACAGAAUGUCAGGAUUCAGUGUGGAGCGGCAGAGAUCAGUCCACACCACAGCGGCUGCUGGACAAACUCUCUGAACAGAGAUCCAGAGACACACAGGACUCACAGCUCACUUUACUCUGUUCUACUGAUGCUCAGGAGAGUGUGUGUGACAGUAAUCAGGGUGAUCAAACCUCCACAGAGUCUCUGACUUCUGUCUGUAACGCUGGAGAACAGCAGAUGCUGCAGACACCAGUGAAGAUUGAAGUGAUGCAGGAGGAGAUUAAAGAAGAAAACACAACAGAGGAACAACAGAGUGAUGAAGAUGAUGAUGAACAGCAGAUGCUGCAGACACCAGUGAAGAUUGAAGUGAAGCAGGAGGAGAUUAAAGAAGAAAACACAACAGAGGAACAACAGAGUGAUGAAGAUGAUGAUGAACAGCAGAUGCUGCAGACACCAGUGAAGAUUGAAGUGAAGCAGGAGGAGAUAAAAGAAGAAAUCACAGCAGAGGAACAACAGAGAGAUGAUGAUGAUGAUGAUGAACAGGUGAAGAUGUGUUCGGUGAAGCUGCUGGACUGCAGGAACCUGAUAAAUAUGAGAAGAGAAACCACAACAGAGGAACAACAGAGAGAUGAAGAUGAUGAUGUCAUUCCUUCAGAGUCUCUGACUUCUGUCUGUAAAGCUGGAGAACAGCAGAUGCUGCAGACACCAGUGAAGAUUGAAGUGAAGCAGGAGGAGAUAAAAAUAGAGGAACAACAGAGUGAUGAUGAUGACUUUUUUCCUCCAGAGCUGAUGAAAGGGAGAAAGGAACGUCGAGAGCUGAAUAAAGUGGAGGAGAAACUUCAGGAUCAGAAACAUCAUGAUUCCAGAACUGGAGUAAAAUCUUUGAGUGUCUUAAAGACUAAAAAUAAUUUCUCACCAAAAAAUCAUCAAAGAAGAUCAGCCAAAAAUCCUAACACCUGCACUCAGUGUGGAAAGAGUUUCAUACAUAAAAGCAGGUUUAUCAUGCACAUGAGAGUUCACGCUGGAGACAGAAAUUACACGUGCCACCUGUGUGGGAAAAGCUUUCUGUAUCUGAAAAAACAUCUGAAAACACACACAUAUAAGAUUUACAAGUGUUCUUUUUGUGGAAAGAGUUAUUCACACCUGUACUAUUUUAAACAGCACCAGAAAAUUCAUACCGGUGUGCGGUCUCAUUUGUGCUUUGAAUGUGGGAAGAUCUUUACUACAGCCACAAGCUUGAAACAGCACCAAAGAAUUCAUACUGGACAGAAACCUUACAAGUGCUCACACUGUGAAAAGAGUUUCACUUGGCCACAAAACCUGAAAACACACGAGAGAAUUCAUACUGGAGAAAAACCUUACAAGUGCUCACUCUGUGGAAAGAGUUUCACUUGGCUACAAAACCUGAAAACACACGAGAGAAUUCAUACUGGAGAAAAACCUUACAAGUGCUCACACUGUGGAAAGAGUUUCACUCAGUCAGGAGAACUGAAAACACACGAAAGAAUCCAUACUGGAGAGAAACCUUACCAGUGCUCUUCAUGUGGGAGAACUUUCAGUGGAGCUAGUAAUCUACGGACACAUGUAAAAAAGUAUUGCCCAAGUAGUCACAGUGAGCAAAAAUAAUCUUCAGGUCCAACAAGAUCAAAUAAACAGUUGGAAAUUCAGAUGAUGGAACUCAAAGGUGGAAUUUCUCCCAAUAGAGUAGCAUCAUUUAAGAGAAUAACAAAGGACAUUCAAGGAAGCUCUUUGUACUAAUUGAGAAUGUGUGUGUGUAUGUGUAUAUACGGUGCUGUAAAUAAAAAUGCUGUAAAGUAAGGAUGUUUUUAGAAUUCCAUGAAUAGUUUUUUUAUGAAUUUUGUCAAUUAACUUCUGGUGAAUGAAGAAAGAUGUUCUUUUUGUUUACUUAAGGAAUUUUCACAUAAUCAGUGAUGAAAUCUUAUUCAUGUAUCCACAUUCCUGCACUCAUUUAGCUAUACAUUCAUAUUUCAACACGUUCAAUAUGUACUGUAUGCUGUUAUGUUAUACACUAUCUUGGUGGUCCCUAGAGGCCUCUCAUCAGGGUAUGAGAUUAACUUUUUUGCCCACCAGCUACAGUGGAGAGUGAAUGCCCAAUUUUACCAGCCACUUUGAUGUUAUAUACAGUACAUCAAAUGAAAGCUCUCAUUCUCAGUAAGGUGACUGUAACAGUUUAUUUUGUUGUCAUAAUACCACAGUUUGAAUUAUUUUCAAAAAUAUCACAAAGUGAAAUUUUAUUUUGGUAAGGCAUAAAAUGCAAACAUCUCUUUUCUGUGCUGACCACUGUUCUGAAAGCCCAAAAUAGCCUCAAAAUUUAUAUCAAAUCUUACCUUGGGUUGUUAGCUUUAAAAUGAGUUAAAGAAAUUGUUUGUUAGCUUGCUUGGGUGAAUAAUCCAAUGAAGUGUCAAAAACAAUUUAGAACAAAAUAUGAAGUCCGGUAUAAAAAGUUUGAGAAACAAGUUUUCAGCAAAAUAGGUUCCCAUCUAUAGAAGAUGAAAUGUUACACAUCAUUGAAAAGCUGGGAUUCUCUGCUUUCCAAUAACACCUAGACUUCUAGACAACUCAGAAAUCAAGAAAUUCAACAAAACAGUCAGGGAUGUGAUUCUUCUGGAUUAAUUCAUUUUUUUCUGACCUAAAAAUGUGACCCACGUGAAUUGUGUAAAUAUGUAAAAAAAAAAAAAAAAAAAAAAAAACUGCAUGAAAAAUGUCCUGUCUGGUGCGUUCUCAAUAAGCAUUUUUUCACCCAAACAGGUGUCAUUCAUACUUCCCUCAGAACAACUUCUCUCACUUAACUUCACUACUGCUUCUGUGUCACUCACACACUUUGUUGAGAAUGCAUGAGACGGAGGCUGCUGAUUUUCGCUCUCAGGAAUUCAAGACAGACAGGUUUAUUUUAAUUCAAGACAAAUAAAAUGGUUGGAUAUAAAACGGCUUUGGACCGUUACCACUGCUGCUGACAGGUUAAAAAUCAUGAUGGUUAAGCUGCAAUUACCGACAGGUAAAACCCUGCAGAUACAGUCCAGACAUUAGAAAAUGUUCAGUAUAGACACGUUUUUUCCCAGUUUAGAUCGGGAAAUAAACUUGGGUUGUGGAUGUAUUAAAAAUGUACAUGAGUUUUGUGAGACCACUCUGUAAAAACUCUGUGAAUUCACAAUCCAGAAAUAAUACUAGCCACACAAUGAAAAGGGGUCAGCACUCAUUACACUCUUUUCCAAUGAUCUGUUGUCCAAUGUCUGUGUUUCUUUGCCCACACUAACCUUUUCUUUUUGUUUUUCUGUUUCAAAAGUGGCUUUUUCUUUGCAAUUCUUCCCAUAAGGCCUGCACCCCUGAGUCUUCUCUUUACUGUUGUACAUGAAACUGGUGUUGAGCGGGUAGAAUUCAAUGAAGCUGUCAGCUGAGGAAAUGUGAGGUGUCUAUUUCUCAAACUAGAGACUCUGAUGUACUUAUCCUCUUGUUUAGUUGUACAUCUGGUCUUCCACAUCUCUUUCUGUCCUUGUUAGAGCCAGUUGUCCUUUGUCUUUGAAGACUGUAGUGUACACCUUUGUAUGAAAUCUCCAGUUUUUUGGCAAUUUCAAGCAUUGUAUAGUCUUCAUUCCUCAAAACAGUGAUUGACUGACGAGUUUCUAGAGAAGGCUGUUUCUUUUUUUUGCCAUUUUUGACCUAAUAUUAACCUUAAGACAUGCCAGACUAUUGCAUACUGUGGCAACUCAAAAACAAAGACAAUGUUAAGCUUCAUUUAAUGAACCAAAUAGCUUUCAGCAGUGUUUGAUAUAAUGGAAAGUGAUUUUCUAGUACCAAAUGAUCAAUUUAGCAUGAUUACUCAAGGAUAAGGUGUUGGAGUGAUGGCUGAUGUCUAGACUUGAUCAAAAAUGGCUUUUUUCAAAUAGUGAUGGUGCUGUUUUUUUUAUAUCAGUAAUGUCCUGACUAUACUUUGUGAUCAGUUGAAUGCCACUUUGGUGAAUUAAAGUACCAAUUUCCUUCCGAAACAGCAAAAUCUGUAUAUUAUUCCAAACUUUUGGCCAGCAGUGUAUAUACAUUG